AUGUCCCACUACGGCUUUGUCAAGAUCUCCAGAGACGUGGCCCAGGCCAUCCCCAACCCUAAGGCCCCUACCGCACAGACCACUACCGAGCUUCCCCAGACUCCGCUCGCUAGCUUUGUCCACAAGUACGCCCAGCAAAAGCUUCCAGCACCAGUUUUCAACCACUCGUUGAGGGUGUACUUGUACUCGCUCGCCAUCAUCAAGGACCAAUUCCCUGAAUGGAACCUCGACACCGAGGUCAUCUACGUCACCAGCUUGCUCCACGACAUCGGAACCACCGACGAGAACAUGAACGCCACCAAGAUGUCGUUCGAAACCUACGGUGGAAUCAUUUCGCGCGACUUGGUGUUGAAGGAGACUGGCGACAAGGACUACGCGGACGCAGUGGCAGAGGCCAUUGUCAGACACCAGGACCUUGGUGAGAGCGGGUUCAUCACCACCUUGGGGUUGAUCUUGCAGAUCGCCACCAUUCUCGACAACGUGGGGUUGAACAGCCACUUGAUCCACCCCGACACCUUGGAUGCUGUCAACAAGAAGUUCUCCCGUGAGGGCUGGUUGAACUGCUUUGCUGGCGCCAUCGACAGGGAAAACCGCGAAAAGCCAUGGGGCCACACCAGUGCCUUGGGCGCGGAAGACUUCAGAAGAGGCGUUUUGGGCAACAAGUUGAAGUACGAGAAGCUCUAG